AUGGCUUAUGGUGCUUCAACUUCUGGCCCUAGUAGAUCGGUAACGGUAAAUAUCGAGCAUCAGCGAGAUAACGUAACAUAACAGAACGUCACGUAACAAAGCAUAACAUGGCGUAACAUUUCGUUUCAUAACUUUAGAGAAAAAUGUAUUUCAUCUCCAAUUGAGUGGCGAUAAACAAAUGUUAAUAAAAACUGUUUCUUCUUGGGCCUAAAAUAGCCUAAGAAGUCCUUGAAAACUGCAAACUUUUGCUGGUAAACUCACUCCCCAUGCCAAUCUUUUGUUAAAGGAACACUCAUUCGACUGUUCCCAGAAUUAAAAGGAAAAUGAGAUAUUAACUCUAGUAAUCACCUGUUUGUACCUUUAUUCGGUUAAAGAUGAGCUUCUGGUUAAGACAUUUUGCAGCCCUGGCUGAUCAGACACACGAGAUUCCUGCCUUAUUUCAUUGGCCCCAAAAUCCCACUUGAAGAUAAUGAUUGCAGCAAUCAUUCUAUGCGUUCUGGUUGUGAAAUACGGUAGAUGAAAUACGUCCUCACACUGCUUCCCGGUAAGCUAGUGGUAGAUUUUUGACCUCUGUUUUUUCCUGUCCUUUCAUUUCAGAAUAAUGAACAGAGAAUAGGUAAGGGAAUCAUAAAUUGAGUUUGGCUUAUUCGCCCCUCCGCCCUUACAAUCCACUUUCUGAGUUCAAGUUGUCUUAAUAUAAGCCAGUGUCUUUAGUCUUCAAUCCGCUUAAAACUUAUGUUUUAUGCCUUUGUUGUCUUUGCAAAUGGGAUAUAAGGUCAUUUUGUAACCAUUUUUUGUUGCCCAUUUUUGUUGGUACAGGAACGAACCGAAUAUUCAAAAUCUUUCAUAUAUAUCCGUGACUGUUGGUUAACUUUGUUUGACGAAAUCUCACAACGUUGCGAAACCAAACUUUCAGCUGCGCACCCCAGCGUAAAUAUCUACAGUAUUUAGUCCGUCAAGCGUGAUAUAAACUGGUCGUGCAUUUAUCUGCCAGGGUUAUAGGCUUUUGAAUCUGCUCUAUUUUUCUCGACAGGCUAAGAAAGAGAGGAGUUUGCCUUUUAAGAGUGUGUUAAUUUGGAUGCCUGUUUUACCUUAGAAGUUCCUUGGGCUUUUUUUAAAGUCGUGAUUUGUUGUCGUUGUUUUUCCAGGUGUUGUUACGGAGACUUCAGGCGUACCAGGUUUACAACAACAAGUUGUCCAGGUUUCAGGUCCGUCAGAUAGUGGAGGAACAGCCGCGGAACCUUCACAAGGCCAAGAAACGAGUACUGAGGUACAAAACAGUAUUAAUCACGCUUGUGCGGGGUCUUUUGUUUUUUAGUGUCGAAAACAUAACAACGGCUAAAGAAGAGGCUUAGACUCUAUUUAUGUUCUUGAUUUGUGUUUGAAUUGUUUUUUUCCUCAGGCUAAUGAGCAGCAUUUUUUACUGUAAAAUAUUUCCAACAUUAUAACGAGUUUUGUGAGUCAUUUGAUUGAAAAUGGAAAGCUUCGUAGACAGUUGUCAUCGUUUUUUUUUCAAUGAUUCUGGCUUUGUUAGAUCAGUGUCGCAAAACUCAUUUUGUUAACAUUAAUAGAGAUUUUGUCGAGUUUUGCGUUGUCUUCGUUUGCUAUUUUUCAUUGAUAAAUAGUGAAUAAAUACUUUCAUCCUUGACACCAAUGGAAGCUUAUUCUCGCCACCAUCAUCAUCAUCUUCAUGGCGUCAUUAUCAUCGUUUAUCACCAUCAUCGUUAGAUCGUUAUGGUCAUCAUUAUUGUCGUCAUCAUCAUCACCAUCACCAUCAUCCUAUUUAUCAUCAAUAUCAUUGCGUCAUCACAGUCGCCAUGGCAGCUUUGAUCGCUUGUCCCUCAGUUUCGCCUCUCCUCUUACUACCGGAUCGAGGGAAACUAAAAGUGAUGUUACACAGGAGGAUUCGCAAUGACAAUUUGUAACGCAACGCAACGCAACGUUGCAACAUUAUUGCAACAUUAUUUCGAAUAGCUGCAACAUUGUUCCAACGUUGCAACGCUUUGUUGCGCUAAAAAUCUACGUUGCAAAUCGUCCCGCGUAACAUCACCUUAAACUUGACGCUUUGUGGUUUGCAGGUCGAAGCUGAUGAGUUGGAUGAAGAGACAGAAGAAGAUGAAGCAGAAGUUCUUGCAAUUGCUGCCGCUCGUGGCCGCCGAUCUGCAGUUGUUGUGCCCAGUUCCUCUCAGAAAAGGAAGCAGAGUCUGCCUGACAGACGAAAGUAUCCUUAG